CCCCGCGUAGGGGCCCGGGCCGCGGCUACGGCGGCGGCGGCGGCGGCGGCAGUGGCGGCGACGCGCCCGCCCGGCCCCUCCCCGGCGCCGGCCAAGUGAGGCGGUGAUGCGGGCGCUGGCGGCCUGGGCUGCGCCGAGAGCGGAGACACAGGCUCAAGAUGGCAGAUUCCCACUGAGGCUGAGGGGGCCGAGCUCGCGCGCCGCGUUCCCUUCUCCGUUGCCAUGAACCGCGGACACCCCGGCCCCGAUGGCCCCCGUGUACGAAGGUAUGGCCUCACAUGUGCAAGUUUUCUCCCCUCACACCCUUCAAUCAAGUGCCUUCUGUAGUGUGAAGAAACUAAAAGUAGAGCCAAGUUCCAACUGGGACAUGACUGGGUACGGCUCCCACAGCAAAGUGUACAGCCAGAGCAAGAACAUACCACCUUCUCAGCCAGCCUCCACAACCGUCAGCACCUCCUUGCCAAUCCCAAACCCAAGCCUACCUUACGAGCAGACCAUCAUCUUCCCAGGAAGUACUGGACACAUAGUUGUAACAUCAGCAAGUAGCACUUCUGUCACCGGGCAAGUCCUCGGUGGACCACAUAACCUAAUGCGUCGAAGCACUGUGAGCCUCCUUGACACCUACCAAAAAUGUGGACUCAAGCGCAAGAGUGAGGAGAUUGAGAACACAAGCAGCGUGCAGAUCAUUGAGGAGCAUCCACCCAUGAUUCAGAAUAAUGCCAGCGGGGCCACUGUCGCCACUGCCACCACAUCCACUGCCACCUCCAAAAACAGUGGCUCCAACAGUGAAGGUGACUAUCAGCUGGUGCAGCAUGAAGUGCUGUGCUCUAUGACCAACACCUAUGAGGUUUUAGAGUUCUUGGGGCGAGGGACAUUUGGGCAAGUGGUCAAGUGCUGGAAACGGGGCACCAAUGAAAUUGUGGCCAUUAAGAUCCUAAAGAACCACCCAUCCUAUGCCCGGCAAGGCCAGAUUGAAGUGAGCAUCCUGGCCCGGCUGAGCACGGAGAGCGCUGAUGACUACAAUUUUGUGCGGGCCUAUGAGUGCUUCCAGCACAAGAAUCACACAUGCUUAGUCUUUGAGAUGUUGGAGCAGAACCUCUAUGACUUUCUGAAACAGAACAAGUUUAGUCCCUUGCCCCUCAAGUAUAUUCGCCCAGUCCUCCAGCAGGUAGCCACAGCCCUGAUGAAACUCAAAAGCCUGGGUCUUAUCCAUGCUGACCUCAAACCAGAAAACAUCAUGCUGGUGGAUCCAUCCAGACAACCAUACCGAGUGAAGGUCAUUGACUUUGGUUCAGCUAGUCAUGUGUCCAAAGCUGUCUGUUCUACGUACUUGCAAUCCAGAUACUACAGGGCCCCUGAAAUCAUCCUUGGUUUGCCAUUCUGUGAGGCAAUUGACAUGUGGUCCCUGGGUUGUGUCAUUGCUGAGCUGUUCCUGGGCUGGCCAUUAUACCCAGGUGCUUCUGAGUAUGAUCAGAUUCGGUAUAUUUCACAAACACAGGGUUUACCAGCUGAAUAUUUAUUAAGUGCAGGGACAAAGACAACUAGGUUUUUCAACCGUGACACAGACUCACCGUAUCCUUUGUGGAGGCUAAAGACACCAGAUGACCAUGAAGCAGAGACGGGGAUUAAAUCAAAAGAAGCAAGAAAGUACAUUUUCAACUGUUUGGAUGAUAUGGCCCAGGUGAACAUGACAACAGAUUUGGAAGGGAGUGACAUGUUAGUAGAGAAGGCAGACCGGCGGGAGUUCAUUGACCUGUUAAAGAAGAUGCUGACCAUAGAUGCUGAUAAGAGGAUCACUCCCAUUGAAACUCUGAACCACCCCUUUGUCACCAUGACGCACCUACUGGAUUUUCCUCAUAGUACUCACGUCAAAUCUUGUUUCCAAAACAUGGAGAUUUGCAAGCGCCGGGUGAAUAUGUAUGACACAGUGAACCAGAGCAAAACACCUUUCAUCACACAUGUGGCCCCCAGCACAUCUACCAACUUGACCAUGACCUUUAACAACCAGCUGACCACUGUCCACAACCAGGCUCCCACCUCCACCAGUGCCACUCUUUCCUUAGCCAAUCCCGAAGUCUCCAUACUAAACUACCAAUCUACACUCUACCAGCCCUCAGCGGCAUCCAUGGCCGCGGUGGCCCAGCGGAGCAUGCCCCUGCAGACGGGAACAGCCCAAAUUUGUGCCCGGCCUGACCCCUUCCAGCAAGCUCUCAUCGUGUGUCCCCCUGGCUUCCAAGGCCUGCAGGCCUCUCCCUCCAAGCACGCUGGCUACUCAGUGCGGAUGGAAAAUGCUGUUCCCAUCGUCACUCAGGCUCCGGGUGCUCAGCCUCUUCAGAUCCAGCCAGGUCUGCUUGCUCAGCAGGCCUGGCCAGGUGGGGCCCAGCAGAUCCUGCUUCCUCCAGCAUGGCAGCAGCUCACUGGCGUGGCUGCCCACACAUCCGUACAGCACGCAGCUGUGAUUCCCGAGACCAUGGCAGGCACUCAGCAGCUGGCUGACUGGAGAAACACACAUGCUCACGGAAGCCAUUACAAUCCCAUCAUGCAGCAGCCUGCACUCUUGACUGGUCAUGUGACCCUUCCAGCUGCCCAGCCCUUAAAUGUGGGUGUAGCCCACGUGAUGAGACAGCAACCAACCAGCACCACCUCCUCCAGGAAGAGUAAGCAGCACCAGUCAUCAGCGAGAAAUGUCUCCACCUGUGAAGUGACCUCUUCCCAGGCUAUCAGCUCCCCUCAGCGAUCCAAGCGUGUCAAGGAGAAUACUCCCCCGAGGUGUGCCAUGGUGCACAGCAGCCCAGCUUGCAGCACCUCACUCACCUGUGGGUGGGGUGACGGGGCCUCCAGCACUACCAGGGACCGACAGCGGCAGACCAUUGUCAUCCCCGACACCCCGAGCCCUACAGUCAGUGUCAUCACCAUCAGCAGCGACACGGAUGAGGAGGAGGAACAGAAGCACGCCCCCACCAGCACAGUCUCCAAGCAAAGAAAAAAUGUCAUCAGCUGUGUCACAGUCCAUGAUUCUCCCUACUCUGACUCCUCCAGCAACACCAGCCCCUACUCGGUGCAGCAGCGCACAGGGCACAACGGCACCAACACCUUGGACACCAAGGGGGGCCUAGAGAACCACUGCACCGGCAACCCCCGCACCAUCAUCGUACCCCCACUGAAGACGCAGGCCAGUGAAGUGUUGGUAGAAUGUGACAGCCUAGGGCCAGCGAUCAGUACCAGUCACCAUUCAUCCUCCUUCAAGUCCAAGUCCUCCAGCACCGUGACCUCCAGCAGUGGCCACUCUUCAGGGAGCUCGUCAGGAGCCAUCGCCUACCGUCAACCGCGGCCAGGCCCCCACUUCCAGCAGCAGCAGCCCCUCAAUCUCAGCCAGGCUCAGCAGCACAUGGCUGCAGACCGCACUGGGAGUCACCGUCGACAGCAGGCCUACAUCACUCCUACCAUGGCGCAGGCUCCGUACACCUUCCCGCACAACAGCCCCAGCCAUGGCACCGUUCACCCCCACCUGGCUGCGGCUGCCCACCUCCCUGCCCAGCCUCACCUCUACACCUACACGGCGCCCACAGCCCUAGGCUCCACCAGCACUGUAGCCCACCUGGUGGCAUCCCAAGGCUCAGCACGCCACACCGUGCAGCACACUGCCUAUCCGGCCAGCAUCGUCCACCAGGUCCCUGUGAGCAUGGGGCCCCGGGUCCUGCCCUCGCCCACCAUUCACCCCAGUCAGUAUCCGGCCCAGUUUGCCCACCAGACCUAUAUCAGCGCCUCGCCAGCCUCCACCGUCUACACUGGAUAUCCACUGAGUCCUGCCAAGGUCAACCAAUACCCUUACAUAUAAACACUGGAGGAGGCCCGCCAGGGAGGAGGGUGGAGGAGCUCCCAGACCGACCUGGGGAGCUGGGAAUUUCUACUGCAGGUGCCGCACACAAACAAUGCAAAUGGGGCAGGGAGGGGGGCAGUUGGGGCACAAAUGAAACUUGAACUAGGAAGUGGGAGGACUUAGAGCGGAGAAGAGAACAUUUUAAAAGGAGGGGUUUAAGGAGGGGAAAUCUAUGCUUUUUAUUUUAAAAAAGAAAAAGGAAAAAAGAAAAAGAAAAAUGUUAGUAACAAAAGAG